AUGGCCCUCGAAGCGCCGCUGCGAUCCUCAACUGGAAGCUUGCAAUUUCAAUUCAACCACCAAGGCGACGUGUCUGCAACCUCCGAGUCGGACGGAUUCAGGUCACCGUUCAGAAUCAUGUCUUCCCCCCCGCCAGCCACAGACUCCUCUUCUCUUCGGCCUGACUCAAUGCAUCAUCGGCUGUCUCAAUCGAUGCACAUGUUGAGCCCCAGCGAUAUUGUUGGGCCAUCGCCUGUAACCUCCAACGGCACUGAGACUACGGAAAUCGAGGACGAUGUUGCCGACGAUCUCGAGCCGGAUCACGGAGCGGGAGGGAAUCACUACCGCCACUCUGAUAGUCUCUUGCUUACCACAAAUCUCCCCGAAAUCGUUCGUCAGGGUAAUCCUGAAGAAGCUGUCUCCGUCAUACAUGCUCCGGAGAGCUUUGCCAGCUGGGCAUCCAGCGAGCCCUCUGCCAAAUCAGCUACCUCAACAGAGAGGUCAUCACCCAGGGCGGACGGCGCCAGCCAGCCAUCCUCUACUGGGACCUUUAACAGCAUCGACGAGCAGACUGAAGCUGAGGGCGACGACGACGACGACGAACCCUUUCCUCACGUGCCCCAGGUGGCUGAUGAGAUUGGCGAUUUACGGACUCUCCUCCAUGAGUCCUGGACGCUGUGUAAUACCCUGGCCAACUUAAGCUCGAUGCAUCGACCGCGAGCCUUUAGGGAUUCGGGAACCCCCGAUGCUGUUGAAAGGGCCUGGAAAGCGUGCUGGAAGCUCUGCCAUCGCCUCUAUGACAACCAGGACGAGGACCCCGCCUAUAUGAGCGUCAAGUUCAACCUGGACCUCUGCCGUGACUUUUGCCAAGCGCUAUUCGACGUCCGCGAUAAGAAGGACGAGCUGGCCGACUCCGUCCUCAGAGUUAGCUUUGAGCUGAACAACCACGCACAAGACAACCGAAACCUUCCAGAACAGUUCCGGGAACGGACUCUCGACUUUUACAUCACGCUGUGUCACCGCUUAAUGAAGCAGCGUGGUGAGCUCCUUGGCAAGACUGAUCAGCUCCUCGGAGCCUGCUGGGCCCUCGCCGAGAUGCUCUUCAGUCUGCGUCAGAACAGACUAGGCGGUAAGCCACCGGACGGCGAAUUGCUCCUCUCUGCGGUGCAAGCAUGCUGGGGCUUGGGCGACAUAUUCAAAGACAGCUGGGCCAAGGUGAACCCGGACAGAAGCACUCCUCGGCCGUCCCAGAGCUUCUUCUCUCACUCUUCUGAUCAGACUGGUCGUGAAAGCCGACAGUCUAAUCGGUCAUCACGUCACUCUAAGCAAGUGAGCAUAAAGAGCACCCAUCAGGAAGAGCGGCCACGGAAGCCUCCGCCAGUCCCCGAAACGCCAGUCACAGAAUUCGAGGACACGCCCAUUUCUCCCGAGAGCCGCUCUCCCCAGAUGCCCAAUCUGAUGGUGCUCGGCCCUUCCAGUGAUAGUGGCCGCAAUCCAGGCAGAUGGUCCAGCAGCGCAUCCAACCUGUCGAGCUACUCCCACAGCAGCAACAGGACUUCGAGCACCGCGACGACGACUACAGCAACCGAAGACCCCAAUGUCACGCGUGCAAAGAUUCUCGUUCUCCGGGCUGCCAUGACUCUCGGGUUCGACCGUGACGCCAUUACCGACCCGAAGGCAGGGCCGGCGCAGCUGCAGAAGUUUGUACAGAGCCUUCCCGCAGAUGCAUUUGGCACUCUACCGAGAGAUACCACCCUCCUUCAGCAAUACAAGAACUCGGUACUGAUGGACGCGUUCAUUCCGCGGAAUCAUUCAAUCCCCUCUCGCGGCAAGAGGGUUCCCGCCGUGGAUAUGGCAAAGAGCAUCCAAACCUUGGCCAAUAGCUCGCCUCGCUAUGCCUAUCUGCGUGAUCUCUUUGGGUUUGUCUUUAACUUCCCCAUUGAAGAAGUUGACGCUCGACGACACACCAGCAUUGCCGUCUAA